UCUUGUGUUCCUCUCCUGCUUCCCAUCUCUCACAUCGACAGUCAAUUGUUCCUUCCGGCAUUGAUUGAUUUGUGCCGACCUCCGUCUUCACCAUGCCUUCCUCUCAGCCCACAGCCGGUGAUCUGGCUGUGAAGCCCGAGUACCUCUCCUCCAAACCCAACCCUAUGGCGAAAACCAGCGAGCCAAACCGAAAUGCCAAAUACGACCCUAAGAAGCCACACAUCACAGAGACGCCCAUGACCAGAUCGAACUGGUACAAGCACGUCAACUGGCUCAAUGUCGUCCUCAUCGUCAUGAUCCCUGUCUACGGAUGCGUACAAGCCCUUUGGGUGCCUCUUCAAUUAAAAACUGCCAUAUUCGCCGUUCUAUACUACUUCGCCACCGGUCUGGGAAUCACAGCUGGAUACCACAGAUUAUGGGCACACACCUCUUACUCCGCUACUCUUCCUCUUCGAGCCUUCCUUGCUGCUGUUGGUGGCGGUGCUGUUGAGGGCUCCAUCCGAUGGUGGGCCCGAGACCACCGAGCUCACCACAGAUACACCGACACCGAUAAGGACCCAUACUCUGUUCGAAAGGGCCUCCUCUACUCUCAUCUUGGAUGGAUGGUCAUGAAGCAAAACCCCAAGAGAAUUGGACGUACUGAUAUCUCUGAUCUCAAUGAAGACCCAGUCGUUGUCUGGCAACACAAGAACUAUCUGAAGGUUGUCCUCUUCAUGGGUCUCGUCUUUCCCAUGAUCGUUGCAGGUUUGGGCUGGGGUGACUGGACUGGCGGCUUCGUCUACGCUGGCAUUCUCCGAAUCUUCUUCGUUCAACAAGCCACCUUCUGCGUCAACUCCCUGGCUCACUGGCUCGGUGACCAGCCAUUUGACGACCGCAACUCUCCUCGUGACCACGUCAUCACUGCACUGGUUACACUCGGAGAAGGCUACCACAACUUCCACCACGAAUUCCCAUCGGACUAUCGCAACGCCAUCGAGUGGCAUCAGUAUGAUCCCACCAAGUGGUCUAUCUGGGUCUGGAAGCAGCUCGGCCUUGCCUACGAUCUCAAGCAGUUCAAGGCCAACGAAAUUGAAAAGGGCCGUCUUCAGCAACAACAGAAGAAGCUCGACCAGAAGCGUUCUCGCCUCGACUGGGGUGUCCCUCUGGACCAACUUCCAGUUAUGGAGUGGGAUGAUUACGUCGAGCAAGCCAAGAAUGGUCGUGGCCUCGUUGCCAUCGCUGGCAUUGUUCAUGAUGUGACCGAGUUUAUUAAGGAUCAUCCCGGUGGCAAAGCUAUGAUCAACUCUGGUAUCGGCAAGGACGCCACUGCCAUGUUCAACGGCGGGAUCUAUAUGCACAGCAACGCUGCCCACAACUUGCUCUCUACCAUGAGAGUCGGUGUCAUCCGUGGAGGUUGCGAAGUCGAGAUCUGGAAGCGAGCACAAAUGGAAGCGAAGGGUGAGAUCGCCAGAGACAGCGGCGGAGAGCGUGUUGUCCGAGCUGGACACCAACCUACCAAGGUGAUUCAGAAUACUUUGACAGCUGGAGCUGCUUAAAGUUGUACAAUUGAGAUGUCGGCCAUGAAACUUUGAAUUGAUGAGAACUUGUCUGCUUAGCGACUGUAUAUAUGUGCUUUUGGCGUUCGGAAAGCAUGCAGGAUGGACUGGCUCGCGGGUUAUGGGAUAGAUUGCUAUCUUUCUGACCGUUUUUUGAGUCUCGGCCUCAUGGCGCUUUUGCUGCAAAGCACCAAUACCCAGAUUAGAGCAAAUCAGAUAAAACCAUUCACUUUCCACAA